AUGGCGCGGCUUUUGGCGUGCAUCAGCUUGGCUGCUGCCGAGCUUUACGAGACGGAGAGCGGGGAAGUUGAGUUUCAGCAGAGCCUGCUGCAACACGUCGCACGGGUCUCAAAGAAUGAGAGUAUUUCGAUUUGCGAUACGGUGACGACACCUGAUCCGUCACCCUUGGCAACCUCGAUGAACCACGGGAACUUCUAUAUCGUUGCACUCAGCAAUGACACUGCCCUAAAUCCGACCUCAGUAGGCUAUUUUGAGAAAUACAACGCCAGGACAUAUCUGCAAGGGAGCGAUGAGCGUCGUAGUCUGUAUUUCACAAAUUGGUGGAUGGAGAGCGACGAUCCAUCUUCCGGUUGGGUCUUGGAGGAUGGAAGUCGAAACAUUACAGAUCCAGCAUCUAAGAAGAAGAUGGCCAUAAAGGACGCCAUCUGCGUGGAGCGGGGUUGUCGUUUCUCCCAGUGGCAUGUAGAAGUAUGGCAAGGAUUUCCGCUCUUCAUCAACUGGUCCUGCUCCGGAUUCUAUGUGGGCCACGAGGUCUUGUGGGGUGGGGCACCUUCGCAUCCAGACUUGCUUCCAUAUGCUUGGAGCCUCAUCAAAGCCAAAGGCGGCGGGAUCGAGCGCCACCCGCUGAAUGCGAUCAAAAGCGGCCCACAUGACCAGCCAUGCCCCUGCGGCUUUUAG